AAAACAAAUAUUCGAUAGCUAAAAUGACGUGGAGUAAUAGGUUAUGAAUUUGUUGUAUUAAUUUAUUUACAAUUUAAUGAGCUGUUUCUAUGAGCACAAAUAGGUUAAAUCUCCAUAUAUUAAAUAAAACAACAAAAUGAUUGAAAUAUCUGACGUUCAAAAAAUCGGUGUUGGCCUGGUGGGGUUUGGGAUGACAUUCCUUUUCCUGGGGAUACUGUUGCUAUUUGACAAAGGCCUGUUGGCAAUAGGCAAUAUAUUGUUCAUCAGUGGUCUGGCUUGCAUCAUAGGUCUGCAGAGGACCUUCUUCUUUUUCUUCCAAAGGCAUAAAGUAAAGGCGUCCGUGGCCUUCUUCGGAGGCAUCACGAUAGUCCUCAUGGGCUGGCCCAUGUUUGGGAUGAUAGCCGAGAUAUAUGGAUUCCUUUUACUGUUCAGAGGAUUCCUGCCAGCUGCCAUCAACUUCUUGAGAAUGAUCCCAGUGCUAGGAAGUGUACUAAACCUACCAUUUAUAAGAGGGAUCGUGGACAGGAUAGCGGGCGACAACGGGCGCAACAUGGACGACGCGUGACAACCCUACGAGCUGUGACGUCAUACUUCCAUAAACCCUUUCAGUAGAACUAAAAAAAAUAGAGGAAAAAUAGAAAUAAAAAUAAUUAACCAGUUUUUCAAUUUGAAUGAAGUUAUCAGAGAAACAGUUUCUACAUGAAGUUAGUAACGAAUCGAAACGUCCAAUGAGUAAUAGUUUUUUUUUUUUAUUUGUACUAUUGUUUGGGCAUCGGCGGGCUGUCUUACGGUCGGAACGAUUAUUCCUUUGUAGUUGUUUGGAGGGAAAUAAGUAUAACAACUAGCUUUGUCUAUUCACAUAUAUUAUGUACAGAAGGUAAAUAUUAUAUACAAAGAAAUAUGUAGAAAAUAAUAUAUAAAAAAGGAAAUUAGAAUUGCCAGAGGCGAGCGAUCGAGAUGGAGAGAAUGGCAGCACAAAUGAAUGUAAGAAGUAAAUAUCGCUGUCGUGUCUGUACGAGCAGUAUGAAAGAAAGAAAGAGACGAAAUAAAUGUGUACAAUUUAAUUAACCUACUUGAUGGAAAAGAAAGUAAUGAUGUUGACAAGUAGCUAUGAGAUGGUAUGGUAUCAUGAGCGAAACAGUAUACUCUGUUAUGUCCACGGUACUGCUCGUGUCUAUAGGCGACGGUUACCACUUACCAUCAGGUGGACCGUCAGCUUGUUUGCCAUUCUAAGUUGUAUAGAAAAAAAAAGAUGAAUAUGUACAAUAUUUAUUUACAAACGCCACAACUUUGUUUAUAUUUUUGUUAAGUUCUAUUGAAACAAGGUAUAUUAUAACAUGUUUUCUCAACUGUACACAUUCCGUA